AUGACUCGUUGGACCGAGUUUGAAACUGCUAAGCAGUUCAUUUAUGCCUAUCUUAAGGAGAACUCGGCCGAUCCCCUGCUGUUUCAUCCAAAAGUGCUAAUCAUCUGUGGUUCAGGAUUGGGAGGAAUAGCUAAGAUCCUGAGAGAUGAUACGGUCAAGAUUCCGUACGAGCAGAUCCCUGGAUUUAAGGUUUCUACAGUACCAGGUCACGAUGGUUCACUACUCUUCGGCCGUAUCGGCGAAAAUCGUGUGCCGGUAGUGUGCAUGUUGGGAAGAUUGCACUAUUAUGAAGGUUAUGACCUCGCUGACGUUACAUUUCCUGUUCGAGUUUCCUGUACUUUGGGUGUCACCUAUAUGAUCGCUACCAAUGCUUGUGGAGGUGUCAACGAAUCCUACAAGUCUGGUGAUUUGAUGGUGAUCUCAGAUCAUAUCAAUUUGGCCGGUAUGGCUGGAAACCACCCUCUUAGAGGCUCUAAUAUCGAUGAUAUGGGACCCCGUUUUCCUGCCAUGUCCGAUGCCUACGACUAUCAGCUUAGAUUGAAGUUUUUCAACGUUGCAAGACAAAUUGGGAUGAAAAGAUCCAUCCAUGAAGGUGUUUACACCUACUCGUGUGGUCCUUCUUUUGAAACCAGAGCCGAAUGUAGGAUGAUCAGGCUUCUAGGUGGCGACGUUGCCGGAAUGAGCACCACCCCAGAGAUAUUAGUGGCUCGUCAUUGUGGAAUUAUAUGCUUUGGUCUUAGUUUAGUCACUAAUACGAUCAUCAGUGAACCUCCUCCUAGUGCCAGAGAAGCCUGCUUGAAAGGUCUACCAGUAGAACAUGCUGUGAAUCAAUCACAGGGUAGAACAUCGCACGAAGAAGUUCUUAGAGAGGGUAACGAAGCAUCAAAGGAUGUUAACGUCCUUAUGGAAGCUUUUGUUAAUCAAUUAUAG